CACAAACAUACUUUUAAGACCGAUGAUUAACUAACUUCCCAGACUAUCUGCAUGAAACCAUUGAAAUUUGUCUCAACUUAUGAAGUCAUUUUUGAAUGUAUUGACUCUUGGAUGGUCUUUAGGUUGGUAUCCUUGGUCAGUUUUCUACUCCGUCUCUAUUUGAACACCUUUCGAUGGCUUAGCUUUUAGCUGAACUUUAAGUCUUUAAAGACAACUGAGCUGAUUUGAACUCGAUUGGAAUCAUAUGUACCUAUUUCAAAGGUAUUGUCGUCCUAUUUUGACAAUUGGUUCUUCAACGUCAAUCAAUACCCAGCAGGAGGUUCUUUUUGCCUGAACUUUCGGUUUUUCUUUUCUUUGGGACAACGAAGCUUAAUUUUAUACACAAACUCAAUGUUGAUUCUUUCUAAGCUCAUUCAGUUACAACCGAGGCCCCAAUCCUAGAGGAUGAGGAAGCUUUGGAUGAUCUGCAAUCCUUGGUCGACCUAAUCUUGGACGAGGAGGUAGAUGCCAAAAACAAAGGAUUUAAAGUGUUCCUGCGAUUAGCCUCGAACCCGGAAUAUCUUGUAAAGGGUUACGAUUUCGACACUUUGAACAAAUUCGUCGAUUUUUAUACUCUUCCUUCUCACAAUUUGACCUUGCCCAAUAACGCUACCUAUCAUCACAGUCGUCUCAUGGGAGUAUCUGACAUUGCCAAUGCCGACUCACUUUUGGACGUUAUCAUUAGUCUUGGAGCCACGGAUUCGAAGAUCAUUCUCUCAGGGUCAGCUUUUGGUAACUCUUUCAAGUUGUUGGAUGCCGAGAAGAAUAUGCCCGGCUCAUCAGUGGCUGAGAUUCCGAUUGCUUUGACUUACCAACAAGUGUGUAAGACCUUGAAGAAAGGAAAUUGGACCGUGGAACGAGAAGAAGAUCGUACAGGUCCAUAUGCCUAUGAUUCCAAGCAUUGGAUCGCUUUUGAUGAUGCUAAUAGCUUGAAAAUUAAGACUAAGUAUGCUUUGCUGAGGAAUUUGGCCGGCGUGGCUCUUUUUACUAUUGAUGCCGAUGAUGUUGAUAACAUUUGUGGCAAGGGCGAAUUUUCUUUAGUGAAGUCCAUUUUCAAAACCAUGUCCGAGUUGGACCGAAGACCCCGUCAGCUUAUCGUUCAUAGUUUGGAGGAAGAUCUCUAUGCUGAUGCUCAAAAUUUUGUUCCUGUUUCCACUUCGGGUGUGAAUGUAUCUCCAUUCAGAAUUGUCAGAGUGGUUGAUCGAGAAGGACAAAUAACCAGCAUCCGACAAAACUCCGAGACCAUCUUAGAGUGUACCCGCCAGGGUUAUUAUAGACACCCUGAAGAUUGCUCAAGAUUCUAUCGGUGUGUUAAAUUCAAUCAAUAUGAAAAUGAUUACACCAUCUUUGAAUAUGGAUGUCCCAAUGGUCUUGUGUUUGAUGACCGUUGGGAAGUGUGCGUUUGGCCUUCCCAAGCCACUCCCUGUGAUGGGUCUUCCGAGAUCUUCCCUGUGCCAACACGAGAAUACUCUUGCCCAGCCGAAGGAUAUUUUGUUGAUCCCGAAAAUUGCCGAUGGUUCUUUGCUUGCUUGGACCAUAAAGGGGAUGGUACUUUCACUCAUUACGAAUUUAGAUGUCCUUUCUCGUUGGCAUUUGAUGAAGAGUUGUUAAUCUGUAAUUGGCCGUGGUUGGUCCCUGCUUGCGGAGGAACCCGUUCUGGAAAUCAACGAGUUGUACCAAACCGCUUACCGUCCAGACAACAGAAGUCCUUUGGACGCGCUGGGGGUCGUGGAAAGCAACCAGGAGGCAUUGGUAGCCGAGGCCCUGUUCGACAGUCAUUUGGUGGUAGCAGUGGCGCAUAUGAGUCAAGUUCUCCUGCCCGACAACCAGUUAGCAAUAACCGUUAUCGCCAACGCCAGAAGCCCACCACUGAUGGAUACAAUCCCUCUCCAGCUUCUUACCAGACGCCCAGUACCCCAUACACCACCGCAAGACCCGUGUACUCAUCGUCCUCUAGACGACCGAUCUACCAAUCUACCACUCAAGGACAAGUCUAUCCUGCUCCUACUCAAGGGUCAGCCUAUGGGUCCUCAGGAUCUGUUUAUGGCGAAAUAGCGUCUGAUUCUUGCGAUAAUUGCGAGUCUCCUGAACUAAUUAUUAGAGGAAAUGGCCAUGUCAGUGGCGGAAUCAUUGAAACUGCCUAUGGUUCUAGGAAUCAAGGCCAAAAAGAACGUAGACCUAAAGACUACAGCAAUCCCUCAAGCGAAGCAAACUACAACUAUAACCCUUCUACCACCCCCAGUUACAACUAUAAUAGCCCUUCAAGUUCUGCUAGUUCAAACUACAAUCCCUCUCCAUCAGCCGGAUAUGAAAACAAUAAUCCAUCUACAGUUGGAUAUGAUGACUACAAUGGACCGUCUUCUACGCCUGGUUAUGGUUCUCCUUCUUCCACGGCUGCUUAUGGCUCUCCCUCUUCACCAGCUAACUAUGGUUCUCCUUCUUCCACGGCUAGUUAUGGUUCUCCUUCUUCCACGGCUGCUUAUGGCUCUCCCUCUUCACCAGCUAACUAUGGUUCUCCUUCUUCCACGGCUAGUUAUGGAUCUCCUUCUUCCACGGCUGCUUAUGGCUCUCCCUCUUCACCAGCUAGUUAUGGUUCUCCAUUAUCUACAACAGAUUUUGGAUAUACCCCGUCAACUACAGCUAGCCCCAAUUAUCCACCAUCUUCAUCGGCUGGCUACAGUUAUCCAACACCUGAAAAUCCCCUAGAACUUCCCGAGAGACGUCCCAAUGCAGGUAUAGCUGUUUCGAACCCCGGUGAAGUUGGACUCAGACCUGGUAGCUUUGGACCCUCUACAACUAGUUACGAGACCCCUGAGCCCACUUCUCCUAACACAACGCCCUAUUCUCCCUCGUCAUAUGCUCCCACGACUCCAUCCCCAACGUACCGGCCAACAACGCCGUCUUACCCUUCCACUACGAGUGCUUUCCAACAACCUGCCUACCAAUCCUCCCAGAGACCAUAUCAGCCAACUCAGAGGCCUUCCUACGUUUCAACAACUCAAUCGCCUUCAUAUCCUUCUUCAACAAAACAGACAAACUACCCAUCAACGACACGAGCACCCCAAUACCAGUCAUCAACUGCUCGACCCCAAUAUCCUUCAACAACGAGACGACCAUAUGAACCAGAGCCAAACUAUGAAUCUUAUAGAGAACCAGAAGCGGAAUAUGAGAGGCCAAGUUAUCAACCAGAGCCCAACUACAGACCACGCCCUAACUUGGAGCAAACUGGUGAUGACAAUGGUUAUACUUACCCGGUUCCAGAAAAUCCAUUAGAGCUCCCAGAAAAAAGACCAUCUUAUCCUUCAACAACAAAUCGACCUUACUUCCCGACAACUCCGAGACCAGUAAAUCCUUCAACCACUGCCCGCCCCGUAUACCCACAAUCAGGCUAUCAGCCAGAAUCUGCCCGCCCAACAUACCCACAACAAGAGUAUCAACCAGAACCUUCCCGCCCGGUUUACCCGCAACAGCAAUAUGAUCCAGAAAGUGCCCAACCAAACUAUCCACAACCUGAAUAUCGACCUAAUUCUCCCCGGCCUGAAUAUCCCCAACCUGAUUAUGAGGCCUCGCGCAAUCCCCAAUAUCAACCAACAACGCGUCAACCAUCUUAUCCUUCAACAACUCGGCAACCUCAAUACCAGCCCACUGGAAGGCCUUCAUAUCCAUCAACAACUCAGCAGACCCAAUACCAACCCACUGCCGGGCAACCAUCAUACCCAUCAACGACUCGCAAGCCUGAAUAUCAACCUACCACAAGACAGCCAGCUUAUCCAUCAACAACGCAACGUCCCAAGUAUCAACCCACAACACGACAACCCCUAUAUCAGUCUCCUUCUACUACUGCUCAACCCUCAUAUCCAUCCAGCACACCUGGAUACCAAACAAGUGAUGAUUCCGGCUACACUUAUCCUGUUCCAUCAAAUCCUUUAGAAUUGCCACAAAGAAAGCCCAAGAAUGGUCCUGGUUUUGGUAAUACUGAUAACGGAUCUUUCAGACCACCCCAGGUUCAGUACGGCGGAUUCAAGCCUCCAUAUGUGCCAGACCUUCCAUCCCAACGUCCAAAUUAUCAAGAGCCAAAAUAUCAACAUGAUGUUGUACCUGAAAAGAUUGAAUAUGGUUUCAGACCCUCGUAUAAUAAGGACAUACCAAGUGUUCGGCAGCCAUAUUAUGAAGAUGGUGGUAUUGCCCCACCUCAACAGGAGGACAGAAGACCAAAAUAUCAGGAUGAUUCACAAUACAGGCCCGAUUUUUCUGAUCAAGACAAAUCAUAUCUUUCAUCUGUUACCACGGCAGUCUAUGAUUACGUCACUACUACGAUAGCUCCUUACGUCUCCGGCUUUGGUUCAUCUUCAUUUUCGCAAUCCAAUUCUCGCCCAGGAAACUACAAUAACAUUCCACAAGUUGCCUCUGUCAUUCCUAGUGGGUUCACCUCUGCCACGCUAUCAAAUGGACCUCAUUCCAUCCCUGAUGAUUUCGAACAAAGACGCCCCCCACCCAAUCAAGGAUCCAGCUUUCACACUGUUUUUGGUGGUUCCCAAUCAAGCAAUAAGGGUCCCAUCAAUCCGAAUAGGAAUGAUUUGACAAAUAAGCGCCCAACACCUCAACCCACUAGAGAUGAAUACCGAGGACCACCCCCAAGCACCGGCAACAACCAAUGGGGAUCUCUUGGAAAUGACAAUGACAAUAGAAGACAAAAACCUAAUAGACCAGAUUACAAAGAACCGACAGACAGAUAUAAUAAUGAUCAACGGCAAGCUAAUGGUGGAUAUCAGCAACGGCCUUCAUCAACAGGUUACAGCACUGAUGGAAAUAAGGCUCGCCCUGACCUUGUUGAAGGCAAUGGUGGCUACAAUGGUCGUCCAGGUCCUAAUAGGGGCAAUGGAAAUGACGGUAACAUUGGUCGUCCUGGGCCAAACGGAAACAGGGGCAACAAUGGACGCCCCAGUGCGACCAAGGGCAAUACAAAUGUCGGUUAUAAUGGCCGGCCUGGACCAAAUGGAAGUAAUGGAAAUGGUGGUUAUAAUGGUCAACCUGGUCCCAGUGGGGAUAACGGAAACAGUGGUUACUAUGGCCGCCCUGGACCAAACAGAAAUAAUGGCCGCCCCGGACCAGCUAGUAGUAAUGGAAAUAAUGGCAACAAUGGUCGUCCUGGUCCUGUCGGUGGUAAUGGAAAUAAUGGCAACAUCGGUCGUCCUGGUCCCGUCGGUGGUAAUGGAAAUGGUGGUUACAAUGGCCGCCCUGGUCCUGCUGGUGGGAGUGGAAAUGGUGGUUCUAACGGUCGCCCUGGACCAAACGGAAUUAAUGUCAAUAAUGGCAACCUUGGACGCCCUGGUCCUGUCGGUGGUAGUGGAAAUGGUGGUUAUAAUGGUCGCCCUGGACCAAACAGAAGUAAUGGAAAGAAUGUCAACAAUGGACGCCCUAGUCCUGUUGGCGGUACUGGAAAUGGUGGUUAUGGUGGCCGCCCUGGGCCAAACGGAAACAGAGGCAGUAACGGUCGCCCUAGUUCCAUUGGUGGUAUUGGAAAUGGUGGCUACAAUGGUCGCCCUGGACCAAAUGGUAAUGGUGGUUCCAGCGGUCGCCCAGGGCAAAAUGGAAACGGUGGAUAUAAUGGUCGUCCUGGUCCCGCUGGAGGUCGAGGAAAUGGUGGUUAUAAUGGCCGUCCUGGACCAAACGGAAGUAAUGGAAAUGGUGGUUAUAAUGGCCGUCCUGGACCAAACGGAAGCAAUGGAAAUGGUGGUUAUAAUGGCCGUCCUGGACCAAACGGAAGCAAUGGAAAUGGUGGUUAUAAUGGUAGGCCAGGAUCAAAUGGAAGUGGUGGAUUCAAUGGCAAACCUGGGCCCAAUGGACAACGAGGUGGUCGACAAGGAUCAGGCUUCCCUCAAAAUGGCGUCACGGCUAUUUCACGUCCAGUUCAAAAACAACCUGCCGUUCUAAGUAAAUUUACCGGAACCAGUUGGGACAAGUUUGGCCCCGGUGGUUACAGGGGAUUCAAUGAUACCAUUGGACCUGAAGUCUGUGAGCGACCUGGCUUGUUCAGACAUCCUUCGGAUUGUGACAAAUUCUAUGAGUGCUAUUGGGACAAAUGGGUUGAGAGGUACACAGUGCAUGUGUUCCCUUGUCCUGUGGUUUUAGGAUUUGACAGUGGGAUUACUGCUUGUAAUUGGCCGUUUGAAGGCCCUCAAGGAUGCUCAGCCAAGUGAUUGUGUGUUUGAUACCCCAACAUGCCUUCUUACAACCAGAAACACGUCACUUCUACCCUAAUGUGAGUCUAAGAGUGCAUAGUGUACCUGAAUAAUGCUUGAUGUAUAAGUGUCCCAAGAACGUCAGUCUGUUUGCUUGUAUAUUGUGAUGAGUGAGCUCGAUGGAAUGCCAGCAGAUUUGAAUCCAAUCAAAAAGAGGGCACAGAACGAAGAAAAAGUGAAAAAUCCUUCCCUCCAGAACACCUGUAAUUGGGAAGCAAAGCUUGAGGGGCUUCACUGGAGUCGAUUGACCAUCCUCUGUGCCAUUACAACUAAAAUGAAUGAUCCACGCAGUAGCAACUAACUGAUGAACAUUUACUUUUCCAAUUUCCCAACAACUUCAGAAACACCACAUCAAAAAUCAGAUUGACAGUUUUGCUCAUCCGUUUCUUUAUUCGCUGCAACCCUUUAUUUAUUAUGACCCUUAUUUAUUGGCAUUAUUUAUUCAUUAAUAUUUGUUUGAAUAGACUAUUCAGUCAACUGACUCUCGUCGAUUUCAAUUGAUUGUGUAGAGACUGAAAUACAAAAAAAGGAAAAAAACUGUUCAUAGACUCUUGGCAAAGUACAAAU